AUGCGGGGGGCCAAGGGGGCGGAGGCGGCAGGGGGCUCAACCCCCUACCUGUCGGUGAUGGACCAGUACGGCUACCAGCUGGGCCGCGUCAUCGGCCAUGGCUCCUACGGCGUUGUGUAUGAGGCCUACUUCGUCAAGCAGAAGACCAAGGUGGCCGUCAAGAUCAUUUCCAAAAAGAAGGCCUCAGAGGACUACCUCAACAAAUUUCUACCCCGCGAAAUCCAGGUGAUGAAGGGGCUGCGCCACAAGCACCUGGUGAUCUUCUACCAGGCCAUUGAGACAACGUCGCGCCACUACAUCGCUAUGGAGCUGGCACCAGGUGGCGAUGUGCUGGAGCGGGUGCAGCGUGUGGGGCCCUGCGCUGAGGGUCUUGCCGGCCGCUGGUUUGCCCAGCUCGUGCUGGCUGUGGCCUACCUGCACAGCAAAAGCAUCGUGCACCGGGACCUGAAGCUGGAGAACCUGCUUCUGGACAAGCAGGAGAACAUCAAGGUGUCAGACUUCGGGUUCGCACGGGCCAUGGGCGGGGGCUCUGGGCUGGUCCUGGCCGGGGACGGGGCUGUGGCCGGGCCAGCGCUCCUGAGCCAGACCUACUGUGGUAGCUUUGCCUACGCCUGCCCUGAAAUCCUGCUGGGGAUGCCCUACGAUCCCUUCCUGGCCGAUGUCUGGAGCCUGGGAGUCAUCCUUUACACACUGCUGGUCGCCCACCUGCCCUUCGAUGACACCAACCUCAAGCGCCUACUGCGUGACACCCAGCGUGAUGUCGUCUUCCCCGCCCAGCCCUCAGUGCCGGAGGACUGCAAGGACCUGAUCCAGCACCUACUGCGGGGAGCAGCCCGGCGCUUCAGCACCUUAGAGCUGCUACAGAGCCCCUGGGUGCUGCGCUUCCAGGUUGAGCGCCCCCCGGCAGAGCUGCAUGCCCUCGAGACCGCCUGGGGAGGCCGGACAGGGGCAGGGGCCAGCGGACCCCCAACAAAAGCCCCCUCAGCUGCUGGGCCGUCUGACAAGAAGAAGGUGGGCUAGUCGGGCCCCUCAAGGCCACCAAUGCUUUUGAGAAAGCCAGCUGGGGGGGAAGACACCCCAAAACUAGCUCUGCCCUCACUGGGGGCCCCAUUGCUGAGGGGAGCCCCCCACUGUGUCACAGCACUGGGAGCCACCACAGAGCCACAGAGAUCCUCACCGAGUUUAUUCAGCCGGCGGGGGGGAGCUUUGGAAUCUCCCCCAGCCUGAACCCCAAUAAACCCACCCAGGAAACAAAGCUCCCCCAACAACGCCUCCGCCCUGCCUCCCCCUCACAAUCAGCACCGAGAGGGGUGCAGGGGAAGCCCCUAUUUAAAGGCAGCAAGGAAAGGGUUAACCUGCAAUACAAGGCCCCUGAGUAGAUGAGGGGGCUAAGAGCAGCCCCCCACAAGUAGUAUGGCCCCUCAUUGUGCCCCCCCACAAAGGCACCUGUAGUGUUCUGGGGACGCAGCCCUCCAGCCUGCGUCCUGCCAGCCUUUCCCAGGAGUGUGUGUAGGGGGGCCCCUCACCCCCAAAGGAAUCAGUCCUAGGGAAUCAUGGGCCUGAGGUCUGGACCCCCACCCCCCUCCACAAGUAUGGGCAACAGGGGACCCCAGCCCUUGCAGCCCAGUCCAGCCCCACAGCUAGGGGGAUUUGUGUGGGGGGGGGAACCUAGGGAACUGGGGAGGGAUCCCUGGCCCCACUUAGAGUUAGUCUCUGGCCCACAGAAAUCUGUAAAGCUCUGUGUAGGUGCACAGGGCUGCGUCCACUUCUGGGGAGGGCGGGGGUGCUGGGAAUAGCCCAGGAGGGGGUGGUUUCCC